GGCGCUCUUCAGCCCGCCUGCUCCUUCCUCCCGCGGCCGCCCGUCCAGCCUGGAGAAGGGAAAGAUGCCGGGCGCCAGUGGCAGCCUCACCCCGCAGGUGCACUGGGCGCAGCGCCACCACGAGCUCUACCUGCGCGUGGAGCUCAGCGACGCCCAGGAUCCGGACAUCACCAUUACAGACAAUGUGCUCCAUUUCAAAGCUCAGGGUCACGGCGCCAAAGGCGACAAUGUGUAUGAAUUUCAAAUUGAGUUCCUGGAACCCGUGAAACCGCAGCCUGUCUGCAAGGUGACCCAGAGGCAGCUGAACAUCACUGUGAAAAAGCAGGAGAGCCACUGGUGGGAACGGCUGACCAGGCAGGAGAAGCGGCCGCUCUUCCUGGCACCUGAUUUCGACCGCUGGCUGGAUGAGUCGGACGCCGAGAUGGAGCUGAAAGCCAAGGAAGAAGAAAGAAUCAACAAAAUCAGCAUUGAGAACAGAACUCCUAAAGACCCAUUCCGGCACCUGAAGAGAGGCUACCUGUUCAUGUACAACCUGGUGCAGUUCCUGGGAUUCUCCUGGAUCUUUGUGAACAUGACGGUUCGGCUCUUCAUGCUGGGGAAAGAUUCCUUCUUUGAUACAUUCCACACCACCUCGGACAUGAUGUACCUGUGCCAGUCGCUGGCCCUGAUGGAGAUUGUGAACGCCUUGAUCGGCCUCGUCCGAGCUCCUCUGGUCCCCAUUUUGCUUCAGGUCUUUGGGAGGAAUUUUAUUCUCUUCAUUGUCCUCGGAGGGGUGGAGGAAAUGCAAAGCAAAGCGGUCGUGUUCUUCGUCUUCUACAUCUGGAGCAUGGUGGAGAUAUUCAGGUACCCCUUCUAUAUGCUUUCCUGCAUCGACAUAGAAUGGAAAGUCCUGACGUGGAUCCGCUACAGUAUCUGGAUCCCCCUGUACCCUCUGGGUAUCCUGGCGGAAGCCGUCACCGUCAUUCAAGCCAUUCCAGUCUUCAGCAACACCGGAAGGUUCAGCCUCGCGUUGCCCUCUCCCCUGAGCUUCACCCUUCCGUUUUCGGUGGUUCUGCAGCUAUACUUGGUGGCCUUGUUUCUAGGGCCGUUUGUCAACUUCCGCCAUCUCUACAAGCAACGGAAGCGACACCUCGGCCCCAAGAAGAGGAAAGCCCACUAGGCCUGGUCUCUGGCACCGCUUUUCCUGGGGGGAGGGUGCGGCUCUCCCACCUUUGGUGUUUUACUUGUCCCGUUGACCUGAACACCGUUUUUGUACAGCCCUUUGCCCCCAGCCUGGUUCUUUCCCCCCUUCUCUUCGCCCUUCAGUGGCUCAGUCGGGCCGCUCUCGGAUCCAGUCGAAGCGAACGGCUCUGCAAAAAUCAAAUGUGUAUUCUGCAUACGUGCAAAAAAACAACAACAACCCAGUAAUAAAACAGCACAUGGUAGGAGGGGGUGCAAAGGCUUUCCAACUAGAGUAGCUUUUUUUUUUACUCUUUUUGUGCCCGGAUAGCAGUUAUAGUGGCAGGAAUCAGUAGCCUGUUGUGCAGCAUUCCCUUUCUCCCAACCACAGCGGAGAAACACCCGCCCACCCCCUUCCCUGUGUUCCUUUUUUCCCAAGAUCCGGGAACUGGAUGAAAAUCAUAUUGAUUCAAGUAGACAGUUCUGAAAGAGAAUACUCCCCCCCCCCCCGCCCCGGGGUGCGUGUGGCUGGCUCCAGGGGGCCUCGGAAGCCCCCCCCCCCUUACAAACAAUCACCAAUUUGCUUUCAGAAGAAAAGAGCACUUUGGAGACCAACGACACUUGUGGCAGGGUCGCUGUUUCUCGUGAGUUACCUGAAGAAGCGAGCAGGGACUCACGAGAGCCAGUUUGGUGCAGUGGUGAAGCGUGCGGACUCUUACCUGGGAGAACAGGGUUUGAUUCCCCGCUCCUCCACUUGCACCUGCUGGGAUGGCCUUGGGUCAGCCAGAGCUCUCGCAGAGUGGUCCUUGAAAGGGCAGCUGCGGUAAGGGCUCUCUCAGCCCCACCAACCUCACAGGGUGUCUGUUGUGGGAGGGAAGGUGAAGGAGAUUGUGACCGCUCUGAGACUCAGAAUAUAGGGCGAGAUGUAACUCCAAUAUCAUCAUCAUCUCCUCCCCUGCCACAAAUUUUUGUUAGUUGUUUAGAUGCUACUGGAAUCUGGCUCUUGAGCUAUUAGUUUGCUUUCAGAAGACAACGACAACAUUGGAUUUAUAUUCUGCCCUCCAUUCGAGAGUCUCAGUGCAGCUCACAAUCUCCUUUAUCUUCCUCCCCCACAACAGACACCCUGUGAGAUAGGUGGGGCUGAGAGAGCUCUCACACGUGCCCUUUCAAGGACAACUUCUGCCAGAGCUAUGGCUGACCCAAGGCCAUUCCAAGCAGAUGCAAGUGGGGAAUCAAACCCGGUUCUCCCACAUAAGAGUCCGCACACUUCACCACUGCACCAAACUGGCUCACAUAAGAGAAGCCAUAAUGGAUCAGGCCAGUGGCCCAUCCAGUCUAACACUCUCUGCCACACAGCGGCAAGAACCCAGGCGCAAUCAGGAGGUCCCCCAGAAGCCCUCCCGCUGCUGCCGCCCCCGCAAAGCACCAAGAAUGCAGAGCGUCGCUGCCCCAGAUCAGAAGUUUUCUUAUCAACGUGAUUUCCCCCAUUCAAGAACAGGUCUGCUAUUCACUGUGUUAUGAAGACUCGAAAGGGCCAAAAGCAAUUAGGUUUGAAAAUCAGGGAGUUCCACCACUCUAAGAGAAACACACAGGUGCAGAAUCUACCCCCAAUCCUUCCCAUUACUAGUACUACAAAGGGGAGGGGGUGUCAAGUUUUAGAUGUUACCCAGCAGUGUGUAGAUGGAGGGAGGGGUGGUAGGGGGAUUCCACUACUGAACGUGCGAGGGGGGCGAAAAGCAUUAAUGCUGUCCCGCCUAACACAGAUCUGUAUCGGGGUCACGGCAUACUACUUUACUGCAGAGAUGCCGUUAAGUGAGACUCUCGCUUUUCUGGGAGGAACUGAUCUUCUUGCCUCAUCUGCUUCAGUGGCAAUGAAAAAAAAAGGAUGCAAAAAUCACAGGCGGUGACGCGGUCAUUUGCUCAAUAGCUUUUGGCCGCCCAGCCCUGGAGUGCAGCACGCGGGGAACCAAGAGGGCCAGACCUUAGCAGUUUUUCCACCAGCGCACGAAGAAAGUGCUCCUUUUGAUCCCCCCCCUGACAAUUUUAGUGAAAAAGCCGUGCAGGGGGGGCUGCAGGAAGGGUGGGGGGAUGCUGCUGGGUUCGCUCCGCCUUGCACUAGCAGGAGAACUUGCAGUCCACGGUGGGGGCGCUUGACGCUGGUCAAAUCUGCACUUACUAGUCUUUCCAAAGGCAAGCAAAUGUAUUUCUAAUAAAGAUUUUAAGAACA